GCGCACUCGCUCGACCCGCCGACGCUCGCGCGCCCAGGGCUCGACAAGGAGACGCGGUGCGGCAUCUGCCUGUGCGACUACGAGGACGACGACGACUGCAUGCUCACCGUGUGCGAGCACGGCUUCCACGACGAGUGCCUGCGGUCGUGGUUGACGCAGAAGGGAACCUGCCCUGUCUGUCGUCGUGACCACGUCUCGGCGUGAGCCUGCCUCUCGCUCGUCGCCUUCUGUACCCCCUUGGACCUCGCCCUCUGUUUUAUCUGUCCCGCCCUCGACUUUGUUACUUGCCUUUCCUAUUGCAUUUUCCCUCCCCUGUGUGUUACUAGCCGCUGUAGCGUCCCUCGUCGAACACCUGUGCAACUCGCGUUUUCGUCUCUCGGACGUCGUCGCUCCUCUCGAUUGCUGGCUUGGCUCGUCUUCUCGCUCCUCUCCAACAACCGCCCGCCUGCUCCGAGUGGCAUGAAGCCGACACGCCAGCUUCUCGCCUCGCCGCGUGCGCUCUCGCGCCCACGCCCGACCGCCAGCUGCUCCUGCGCGGGCGUCACUGCUCGCGCCUCGGUGGGGGUGGCUGUGCGGCCGCCGCCUCUCGCAACGCCCGGCGCACGGCGCACCUUCUUUGGCAUCGGCGAGGUUCUCGGUGUCAUCUCGAAUCCGAGCGAGGUCCUCAGGAGCUUGACUGAGUCGAAGAAGCUGCUCGAAGAAGCGCGGCAGGAGCUCAGAGAAUCGCAAGAGCGGUCCCAGAUUCCUCCUUCUCACACUUUCUCCCCUCUACCCGGCUUCUUCGACCGGCCGCGCGAGAUCCAGGCCAUCGAGCGCGCCCUCGGUUCAGUCCCGACCUUUACGACCCUGUUCGGCUCGUCGAGCGUCGGCAAGACGGCCCUCUUGCGUCAGGUCCUCUCGAGCGACAAGUACCACGUCCUCAACUUUGACCUGCGCAUCGCGGGUUUUGCCGACCUGCCAUCCCUCUACUUUUCGCUCUCUACGCAGCUCGAGUCGUACUUUGCCUGCAUCCCGAAGCUUCUUGGCGAGGAAUGGGGGUGGAACGAGUUCGAGAAGGAGGGCUGGUCGUUCAAGCAUCAUCGGCUCGAGGUCCAGAAGCGCGUCGAAAACGGCGGCGAGGUCAAGACGAGCGAUCUCGCGGCAUUACUCGAGCUUUUCCAGUCGGCGCUUCUCUCGUACUGGGCGUUCGAGCCCAUGAGCGCCGCACAGCGCAAGCUCAAGGAGCAGGCCGAGAAGGAGCAGAGCGAGGGCUCGUCGCCGUCCAAGGACGACAAGAAGGAGCGCCCGUCGUCGCUGUCGGGCAGGACGGCCUCCUCGUCUUCCGCCGGGACCAAGAGCAAGCGCGACGGCACCAAGUUCCGCACGUCGCUCGGCGCCGUGCCUGAGCCCGUCCCGGAGAAGGCGAGCGGGCCCGACCUGAUUGAUUCGAGGAGCUUGGGCGAGGUGCGGGAGGGGGCGGCAGGCGAGAAGGAGGGAGAGGAGGGCGAUAAGGAGGACGAGCCGCAGCCGCCUCCAAAGAGGAUUCCCGUGUUCUUCCUGGACGAGGCGCACAAGCUCCCGGCGCUCAUCCAGUCGCCUGAGGGCAUGAAGACGCUACUCGACGCGUGCCUCGUCCUCAGCAAGCAAGACCGACUUUGCCACAUCAUGCACGCGACCUCGGACCCGUUCUACCUGCACUGGCUGCGGCAGAUGAACGUCAUGCAGCACUGCAUCAUCUUGUCGGUCGGCGACCCGUCCAAGGACGAGGCGCGCCGCUUCUUCGAGGACAACCUCCUGCCGCAUCUUCGUGAAGGGCUCGCCCCGCCCGUGUUCGACGACCUGCACAAGGUGUUCGGCACCAAGCUCGCCCACCUGAGCGACUACAUGGCCGAGUACAACAACUCGGACGGCCAGAUCUCGCCGCGCGAGGGCAGCCACGCGCUCCAGGCGCACAGCCUCCUCAACCUCCAGCUCAUCCACUCGGACGCCGAGUCGGCCUCGCAAGGCUUCAAGAUCUACUCGCCUUUGCGUCAGGCGUCGCCGCACGCCGCACCGUCCCCGUUCGGCGACUCGGACGGCGCCGACUUCAAGCCCAUCGACCUCCUGCGAGUCAUGCAGCGCCUGCAGCCGGGCGCCGACGACUCGCUCCCGUACUUCCCGCUGUGCCGCAAGCUUGGCGCUCGCGCCGUCGACGGCAUGGUGCGCGGCCGGCUCCUCGAGCUGAGAUGGAGCGCGGCCGUGACGGACGAGACGGCGCCGAGGGCAGACGGGCGGACGAUGGACAGGGUCGUCGGCCCGGUCGUGCUCCCGACGACGUCGGUCGUCAGGUGGGCGAUGGGCGAGGUCCUCAAGGAGUACGAGGCCGAGGGCUUUACGGUUGAGGCGCUCGAGAAGGUGCUCGAGCGGGACAAGGUCGAGGCGUGAGGGCUGCAGGCUGUGAGUCUGUACUGCCAGCAGUCGUUCCUUUCG